AAGGCGGCCCCGGCUGGCCGAAGACGGCCUGGGGCUGGGCGGGGCCGGGCGGCGGGCGCGGCCGGACGGGAGUUCCCCGGAGAAGGCGCCUGCAGCCCGAGUCCCGCCCCCAGGCUUCCCCAGUCUCGGGGGUCUCAGCGCCGGGACGCGGCUAUGGACGACAUUUUCACCCAGUGCCGGGAGGGCAACGCCGUGGCUGUGCGCUUGUGGCUGGACAACACCGAGAACGACCUCAAUCAGGGGGACGAUCAUGGCUUCUCUCCUUUGCACUGGGCCUGCCGAGAGGGCCGCUCUGCUGUGGUUGAGAUGCUCAUCAUGCGGGGAGCACGGAUCAACGUGAUGAACCGUGGGGAUGAUACCCCCCUGCACCUGGCAGCCAGCCACGGUCACCGUGAUAUUGUGCAGAAGCUGUUGCAGUACAAGGCUGACAUCAAUGCAGUGAAUGAACACGGGAAUGUGCCCCUGCACUAUGCUUGUUUCUGGGGCCAAGACCAAGUUGCAGAGGACUUGGUGGCUAACGGGGCUCUUGUCAGCAUCUGUAACAAGUAUGGAGAGAUGCCUGUGGACAAAGCCAAGGCGCCACUGAGAGAGCUUCUCCGAGAACGGGCAGAGAAGAUGGGCCAGAACCUCAACCGUAUUCCAUACAAGGACACGUUCUGGAAGGGGACCACCCGCACCCGUCCCCGAAAUGGCACCCUGAACAAACACUCCGGUAUUGACUUCAAACAGCUCAACUUUCUGGCAAAGCUCAACGAGAAUCAUUCUGGAGAGCUAUGGAAAGGCCGCUGGCAGGGCAAUGACAUUGUCAUGAAGGUGCUGAAGGUUCGAGACUGGAGUACAAGGAAAAGCAGGGACUUCAAUGAGGAGUGUCCCCGGCUCAGGAUUUUCUCCCAUCCGAACGUGCUCCCAGUGCUCGGUGCCUGCCAGUCUCCGCCUGCUCCUCACCCUACUCUCAUCACACACUGGAUGCCCUAUGGAUCUCUCUACAAUGUGCUACACGAAGGCACCAAUUUCGUUGUGGACCAGAGCCAAGCUGUGAAGUUUGCUUUGGACAUGGCCAGAGGAAUGGCUUUCCUGCACACACUAGAGCCUCUCAUUCCUCGACAUGCACUCAAUAGCCGGAGCGUAAUGAUCGACGAGGACAUGACUGCCCGAAUCAGCAUGGCUGAUGUCAAGUUUUCUUUCCAAUGCCCUGGGCGUAUGUAUGCACCUGCUUGGGUGGCCCCCGAAGCUCUGCAGAAGAAGCCUGAAGAUACCAACAGACGCUCAGCAGACAUGUGGAGUUUUGCAGUGCUUCUGUGGGAACUGGUGACUCGAGAGGUACCCUUUGCUGACCUCUCCAACAUGGAGAUAGGAAUGAAGGUGGCACUGGAAGGCCUUCGGCCUACCAUCCCACCAGGUAUUUCUCCCCAUGUGUGUAAACUCAUGAAGAUCUGCAUGAAUGAAGACCCUGCUAAGCGACCCAAAUUUGACAUGAUUGUGCCUAUCCUGGAGAAGAUGCAGGACAAGUAGGACUUUGGAAGGCCCUUGCUGGAUUAAAGUCCUUGCUUAAACCUCAGAGGUGCCAACACAUGGUUGGGGAGUGCACUUCCCAAAGCCACAGGCCUCUGGUGGCCUCCCCUGCCUCCAGUCAUGGUACUACCCCAGCUAUGGGGCCCAUCCCUUGCCCCUGUCCCUACCACUGUGGCCCCAAAAGGGGCUGAGCUCAGAGCUUUGUCACUUGCCACAUGGUGUCUCCCAGCAUGGGAGGGAUCAGCCCCGCCUGUCACAAUAAAGUUUAUUAUGAAAACA